AUGGCCAACGACCACAUCCUCACGCUAUCCUGCCCGGACAAGCCGGGGAUCGUGCACGCGGUGACGGGGAUAUUCGCACAGAACAAGCUCAACAUCCUCGACCUCCAGCAAUUCUCGGACCGGACGUCGGAAAAGUUUUUCAUGCGCGUGCACUUCGGCCCUUUGGAAGAAGACACCGAGGUCAAGUUCCUGAAACCGGCCUUCGACGCGCUGGCCCAGGAGAUCCGGAUGGACUACGAGCUGCGGCCGAUGGCGCAGAAGCCGAAAGUGCUGAUCAUGGUGUCCAAGAUCGGCCACUGUCUCAAUGACCUCCUGUUCCGCCAGAAGACGGGCCAGUUGAGCAUCGAGGUGCCGGUGAUCGUGUCGAACCACCCGGACUUCGAGCCGUUGGCGCGCAGCUACGGCGUCGCGUUCCACCACCUGCCCGUGACCAAGGACACCAAGGCCGACCAGGAACAGCGGAUUCUGGCGCUGAUCCGCGAGCACGACAUCGAGCUCAUCGUCCUGGCUCGGUACAUGCAAGUCCUCUCGCCCAAGCUGUGCGAGGCCAUGUCUGGCAAGAUCAUCAACAUCCAUCAUAGUUUCCUGCCUUCCUUCAAGGGCGCGAAGCCUUAUCACCAGGCUUUUGAACGUGGCGUCAAGAUCAUCGGCGCCACUGCCCAUUUUGUCACCGCCGACUUGGACGAAGGGCCGAUCAUCGAGCAGAGGGUCGCGCGCGUCGAUCACAGCAUGACGCCCAAAGAGUUGGUUGAUGAGGGCAGCAAUGUCGAGAGUCAGGUCCUGGCCGCCGCGGUCAAAUGGUGGUCAGAGAAGCGCGUCUUUUUGAACGGCCACAAGACUGUCGUCUUCAACUGA